AUGCGUUUCCCCGUCUUGACUACCCUGUCUGCGGCCGCUGCGCUGAGUCACGCAGCCCCAAGCCCCCUGCAGGCUCGAGACGUCCCGUCCGAUGAAUUGUCUCAGUUCAAGUUCUGGGUCCAAUAUGCUGCUGCUUCUUACUGUGAAGCCAACUAUGCUGGCCAAUCUGGUACCAAGCUGGCAUGCUGGGCCGGUAACUGCCCUCAGGUUGAGGCAGCUGACACCAAGAUUGCCUAUGACUUCUCCAACACCACCGCCACCGAUACUGCGGGCUAUAUUGCCGUUGACAGUACCAACAAGGCAGUCGUCCUGGCUUUCCGUGGCUCAUACUCUGUCCGCAACUGGAUGGCCGACUUCGAGUUCCCCCACACCGACCCCGGUCUCUGCGACGGCUGCCAGGCCUAA